CUGGCGGCGUCAUCAGCAUUUCGUAAUAAUUAGUAAGGCUGGGGAAGAUCAGAGCAGCAGUGCCACAGAAGCUUCAGCAGCAACACCAACUGGCGGCAGCAGCAAACCCAAACAAGAACCAAGAUCAACCUGUUGCUGCGUCUCGGCUAAUGGCGUGAAGUUAGUUUGCUUUUGGCCAGCGGCGCGUGCGGUUGUGGCUUACGACACCAUCUUCAUCGCCCAACGCGAAGAAUAGUUCUCGGCAUCGGGAAAUGUGUGAGGCUCGGGUGCGUGGCUGCUGGGAAAAGGAAAACCGCUGACGGAAAACUGUGCCAUUGAGCCAGUUCCCACUAUGAGUACGAGUGUUAUAUAAAAAUCCAUUAGCCCCACCGCCAGCGACCCAUUUGCAAGCGACCCCGAAACUUGUUCGCCUAUCAAGGACGCACAUCUCUUUCACUCGAGAAGCUCUCGUGGCCGUGAGUCACCCAGACAGGCCCAUAAACAGCAGCGUCUUCUAGUAAAAGUGGAGCAGCAAUAAUAGGAAGUGUAAGAAGAAAACGGCAGAAGCCAGCUUAAGAGUGAAUAAGAAAUUGUCAUGCUUUCAUUAGCAACAAAAGCGUUGUGGCCCAUUCCAAUGAGUGUUUAAGUGUCAUCAAGUGAAGUGAAGUGAAGUGAGUAUUCUUACCCCGAACAAGACGUUAAGAUGCAGUUGCAGCUGUGCCUGUGCCUGUGCCUGUUCCUCCUGCUCCUCUGCCAUUUGGACCGUGCCCAAGCCAACAUCCUGAACACUCUGCUGGGCGUGCCCGCGGAAUGCGUGCACCAGAGCGGCGUCUGGCCCUGCAAGCUGAGCUUCUCCUGCUGGCUACAAGGCGGCAAGCACGCCAAGGGCUGCGGCAGCAACAAGUGGCUCUUCAGCUGCUGCGUCGCUGAGCCGCUGCAACACAACCAGAACCAGAACCAGCACCAGCACCACUCCCCAUCGCCGCUGGCCAACCUCGUGGACUACGGCAAGCUGAAGCUGAGCCUCAACAGCCUGCCCAAACGCAUCAUGCUGCGCAGACGUGACGACAACGAGCUGCUCGGUCUCAAGCCGGAGUGUGGAUUGCCACGAACGGCGCAGAAUACGCUGCAGAAGCGCAUUAUCGGCGGUCGUCCGGCGCAGUUUGCCGAAUAUCCGUGGCAGGCGCACAUCCGCAUCGCGGAGUACCAGUGCGGUGGAGUGCUCAUCUCGGCCAACAUGGUGGCCACGGCCGCCCACUGCAUCCAGCAGGCCCAGCUGGCGGACAUCACCGUGUAUCUGGGGGAGCUGGACACGCAGGAUCUAGGCCAGAUCCAUGAACCGCUGCCCGUGGAGAAGCACAGCGUGCUGCAGAAGAUCAUUCAUCCGCGCUUCACCUUCCGCAUGACCCAACCGGACCGCUAUGACUUGGCCCUGCUGAAGCUGGCCCAGCCGACGGCCUUCACGGAGCACAUCCUGCCCAUCUGCCUGCCGCAGUACCCGAUCCGGCUAAUUGGCCGGAAGGGUCUGAUCGCCGGAUGGGGCAAGACGGAGGCGCACAUGGGCCACGCGGGCACCAAUAUGCUUCAGGUGGCCAGUGUUCCCAUUAUAACCACCUUGGACUGCAUUCGCUGGCACGAAAGCAAGCAGAUAAAUGUGGAGAUUAAAGCGGAGAUGUUCUGCGCCGGUCAUUCCGAUGGCCAUAUGGAUGCGUGUUUGGGAGAUUCCGGAGGUCCACUGGUGAUCAGGGAACGAGGACGCUUUGUGCUUGUGGGCAUUACCAGUGCAGGCUUUGGCUGCGGAGUAGAUCAUCAGCCAGGAAUCUAUCACAAUAUUCAGAAGACUGUGAGGUGGAUACAGGAAGUGGUGACGCGCAACGAAAACACAAUUGCAGAAAUCAGUGACAGCCGCGGCAACAACAAGUGUAAACAACAACGAAAGUAUUGCAAAAUGCGCUCGCCGCACCAACUGUUGCUGUUGCUGCUUGCAACAGUGGUUGCUGCUAUUAAUGCUGCCGCUGGCCACAACAAUUACAACUCGGUGUACAACGAGGUGAUCCCGCCGGAGCUCAAACAGGCCAUCAACAAGGAGCUGCCCAAGGAGGCCAAGUUCUUCGAUGAGCUGGACUUGAUACCGCAGUCGUGCCGCUUUCGUGGCCACAAGUUCGAGUGCGGCCUGUCCAUCUCAUGUGUCUUGGGCGGCGGCAAGCCGCUGGAUCUCUGCUCCGGCGGCAUGAUCUGGUCGUGUUGCGUGGACAAAGAUCUCGACGCCGAGGAGAGUCCGCAUGCCGCCCCGGUCAACAACACGAGCGACAUAAUACACUUGCAUGACAUUUACCCCGACCUGUCGACGAACGCCAACAAGCCGCAGCACCACCUGCACCACCACAGUGGCAACGGCCUGUCAGCGGCCCCAUCCACAUCGUCCACGGCGUCCUCCUCCGCCCGUCCGGCCUAUCCCAGCAGCUACUACGGCACCAAGCGACCAGCCUUGUAUAACGGCGGUUCCAAUCCCUACAAGCCAGGCGCCACCCGCCCCUCCUCGUCCUCCUCGUCAUCCAGCCUGAACAGCUGGGAGCACGAGGGUGGCGGCCACCUGGGCUCCAGCUCCAUCAAUGGGAUCACCAACCACCUGGAUAGCUUCUUCGAUGCCGAAGCCACACCGCCGCUGGACUCGGGCGGCGCACCACCGCCCCACGAGCCACUGCCUAACGCCCAGGCCUUUGCGGUGGGAAAUGUCCUGGAUCUCAAUGCUGGCGAGGCGGCGGAUGAGUACCAGAGUGGCUACCACGGCGAUGCCAGCUAUCGUCCAGUGCCGGGCUGUGGCGAGGUCUACACCCGAUCCAAUCGCAUAGUGGGAGGCCAUUCCACCGGCUUUGGAUCCCAUCCCUGGCAGGUAGCGCUGAUCAAGAGUGGAUUUCUCACCAGGAAGCUCAGCUGCGGUGGUGCCCUGAUCUCCAAUCGAUGGGUGGUUACAGCCGCCCAUUGUGUGGCCACUACCACCAACUCCAACAUGAAGAUCCGCCUGGGCGAAUGGGAUGUUCGUGGGCAGGAGGAGCGGCUGAAUCACGAGGAGUACGGCAUCGAACGGAAGGAGGUGCAUCCCCACUAUAAUCCCGCCGACUUCAAGAACGACGUGGCUCUGAUCCGUUUGGACAGGAAUGUGGUCUACAAGCAGCACAUCAUACCCGUCUGUCUGCCGCCUUCGUCCACGAAACUGACGGGAAAGAUGGCCACCGUGGCGGGGUGGGGGCGAACCCGACAUGGCCAGAGUACAGUGCCGUCCGUGCUGCAGGAGGUGGACGUGGAGGUGAUCUCCAACGAUCGCUGUCAGCGGUGGUUCCGCGCGGCAGGACGUCGCGAGGCCAUCCAUGAUGUUUUCCUGUGCGCAGGAUACAAGGAUGGCGGAAGGGAUUCCUGCCAGGGCGACAGCGGCGGACCGCUCACGCUGACCAUGGACGGUCGCAAGACGCUGAUCGGACUCGUCUCCUGGGGCAUCGGCUGUGGCCGGGAGCACCUGCCCGGCGUCUACACCAAUAUCCAGCGCUUCGUGCCCUGGAUCAACAAGGUCAUGGCCAAUGACAAUGCGUAGGAGGCACUGCAUCGCACUAAACCACAAAACCAGAAAACCACAACCGGAAGACUGCAGUCACCGCUCGAGGAGUCCUGCAGUCGUGUGCGUCCGCUGCGGAGAUGCAUCCCGUUAGCCAGGCCAUGUGAUUCCUCUACGACUCGGGGUUGUUAGUGUGUAAGACCAAGGCCUUUGGGGCCUUGUAUUUAUUUGACUUUUACCCAUAUGCCUGUCCUCAAUCAAUUCGUUCGCCUUCAUUCGUUUCUCAUUGCAUUCCACGCAUUCGGUUUAAGUUUUCGAUAUUUAUUAUACACUGAUCGACGAAAGAUUCCUACAUUUGAGACGAUCCACUUUCACUUCCACGUACAUUUAUACUCCUAAUUUUAAUUAUGUUUUAAAAUACAAAUAAAAAGUAUUCAAGUUUA